GACAAGUUGUCACUUGGUACGAAUAUUCACAAUGACACACUGAAACUCUUUUACCAGCUGUAGGAUCCUAAAAAUUGCGUCUUAUUUCUUGGAAAAUAUCUUAGAAAGCUCUUUAGUGUUAAACACAAUUAAAAUAUUAACCUUUAUUCCAAAUAUUACUUGUUACAAUGGCAUACGCCUACUUAUUUAAAUACAUCAUCAUUGGUGACACAGGUGUGGGCAAGUCCUGCUUGCUGUUACAGUUUACAGACAAGAGAUUCCAGCCUGUACAUGAUCUCACUAUUGGUGUUGAAUUUGGUGCCCGCAUGAUUACUAUAGAUGGGAAGCAGAUCAAACUACAGAUAUGGGACACUGCUGGACAAGAGGCCUUCAGGUCAAUCACUCGAUCUUACUACAGAGGUGCUGCUGGAGCCUUGCUAGUAUAUGAUAUUACUAGACGAGACACAUUUAACCAUCUAACAACUUGGCUUGAAGAUGCUCGCCAGCAUUCCAAUUCAAAUAUGGUGAUCAUGCUAAUUGGUAACAAGAGUGAUUUGGAGUCUCGACGUGAAGUGAAGAAAGAAGAAGGUGAAGCGUUCGCUCGUGAACACGGUUUGGUCUUUAUGGAGACUUCGGCGAAAACUGCUGCAAAUGUUGAGGAAGCCUUCAUCAACACUGCUAAAGAAAUCUAUGAGAAGAUUCAAGAAGGAGUCUUUGAUAUCAACAAUGAGGCGAACGGCAUCAAGAUUGGUCCGCAGCACUCAAAUGCGGGCGCGGGAGGAGCGGGAGGCGCGGGUGCGGGCGGCGCGCCGCCGGGUGGGUGCUGUUAGGUGAUGAGCUGCACACGCUGAGCGAUUGCGGACUACCGACCGAUUAUGUCUGGACUGGGAGGGGUGCAGCUGUGUGCAACAAACUAUGGUACGAAACUUACUGCAUGCAAGAAAAUUUAGUUUUAAUUUUAAUGCUACAGAAUAUGUUGCAUCUCAACUUGAUAUAAUAGUUAGUAGGCUCAGUAAACCUAAGAUACUGUAAACAUUUAAAAAAGUAAAGUAAUCUAAUUGUAAUUUGUGGUAUACUAUAAAAUACCAGCCGAAAAACUAAUUAAAUUUUAUGUACAUGACUCCUAAUUGUAUGGUAACUUAAAUUUUUUAAAGCAUUGAACCUUUAAUGAUUAUAAAACUAUUGCAGUCUUUUGUCACUACUUUCUACAUUCAUUUACUCUUUAGUAGCAGUGAAUUUCCAUGUCUAGCUAUUAUUAUGAAAAUUAGUCUUAAUUUAAAUUCAUUAUGCAUAUAACCAGACAUUAAUGAAUAAAUGUAAGAUUGGACCAGGUGUGGAAUCAUUUUGAUGUGUAUUUUAUGUAUGUUAAUAAUAUAUUGUUCAUUAUUCAUUCACGGUAAUAUAUAUAAUUUCUAAACUUGUAUACUUAUUAAUGUUUGCACUAUUUUAUAUCUACAAUAAUUAACGGGCAUUUAUUCCACUUAUUUGGGCUAGAAUAUAAGACAAUGCUUUUAUAUAAUUUUAAAAGUACAAGCAAGAUUAAUUAGAACAUGAAGAACAAUAAAUAAUAAACAAUCCAAAGCAAAAAUCAUCAAACUAUUAAUUAAAAAAGUUAUUAAGUACUAUAGACACUUUACCAUAGCUGCCCCUAAAAUGUUUUAUUUUAUAUCAAUUGAAUUUAAUACUUGUCAAAAUAAAUUAUCGACAUUUUUACAUCAAAUACCAAAUUAUUAAAUAUUUUUAUCUUUGUUAAUAAAAAGUGUUUAUUUUAUUUUGUUAUAAUUUAUUAGCAUGUACUUUUUUUAAAGCUUAUAACAGCUUGUCUGCCAGAGAAUUUCAUAGAUAAUAACAUAUUUAUUGACUGUCUUGAUAUAUUUAUAUAAGGAGAGGGGAAGGCCUAGUGAAUAAUUUGCACAAGAAAUAAGAUCGGGAGUAUACCCAGAGAUGUUUCAUCUCAAUUUUAAAAAUUCCCGGAAGACGAAUUUGUGACCUACAAGGACUGCUCGCGAGAUAAUUGAAGACAUAAACUAGGUUAUUUAAGUUUAGCACAUUGUAAUGAUGUAGUAAUAUUUUAUAAGAUUACAAUAUGCAGACACAUUUGUAAAGCAUAAUUCAUGAAGUAAAUGUUUAAAAAUU